AUGAGUGAGAAGAUUAAUCUCCCCUCUGAGGGCGCGCACGGGGAGAAGAACGGCACGGCAACAGCCACUUGCUACUGCGGCGCCGUGCAAAUCGAAGUGCCUACUGAAGGCGAGGGCCUCGUAGACACCUUCAUCUGCCACUGCACAGACUGCCGCAAAAUCACCGCCAGGUACUUCCCACCCCUGUCAACUUGCUAUCACCAACACUGUAUUGACUCAUAUCCCAGCAUGUUCGCCUCCAACUUCGUCGUCAAAGACACACAUCUCAAGCACACCCGCGGCGAAUCCAAGCUCACGCGCUUCCGCCAAUCCAACACUAUCGCCACCGGCAACGCAAUGGAAAACAGUUUCUGCAGCGUCUGCGGCACGCUCAUGUAUCGCCGCAGCACGGGCUACCCGGGCAUGAGCAUCCCGCGCAUUGGCACGAUUGACGACUUUGCCUUGCAGGAGACCAAGUUCAAGCCGCGCGUGGAGACGUUUGAGAAGGAUCGAUGCAGGUGGUUGAAGCCGGCGGACGUGGAGGAGCAUGUUGACGGGGCCUUUUAUACGGCGGGCAAGGCGUGGAAGAGCAAGCAUGAUGGUGUUGGGGAGGAAGCGAAGUAA